UUAAAUCAACUCCAAUUCUUGCACUCCCACCGCCGUUCACAGAUUUAUUUAUUCCAUUUCCCCACCGUGUCACAGCUUGUCGGAAACUGUAGUUGCUGCUCACUCACGCUGGUCUUCUCGAAACUUAAUCAGUUUAUCAGAGCUUGGAGAUGGAUUUGAUCUAAAUGUGCACGAUUGGAAGACAAUGGAGUGUGAAAGAUUUGACGCUGUAAAGGACAAUUAGGUCUAAACAUAUAAUAAAUUUGAUCCUGAGAUUGCAUCCGGAAUUAAAUAAUACGUUUCAAUGGCUCUUGGCUUGGGUGGUAGUAACUCUUCUCCGCCUCGGCCCAAAUGGAGAAAAGUGGCCUAUGGCGGUAUGCAACUUGGAUAUGAUGACAAUCAUACUGAUGAAACAUUCCUUGAAGGAAUGGUCAUGAAUGCCAGUGUUGUAAAAAGGGACAUGCUAAAGGUGAUGCUUGACUCAGUUUCCAUUUCCGAAUAUUUAUGCAUUGUUGCUCUUGUUGUCUUGGUCUGGACGUAUACACUUUCGUCCUCUCUUGAUGAAAAUUCUCUCUUGUUAAUUGAUCUAAGUCUUCUUGUUUCCGGUUUUCUAAUUCUCCUUUUUACUCAAGAAAUGCUUUCACUUACUCUUCUCCUUCAUUAUGCCCUUAAUAUCUCAUUUUUUAUAACGGGUUUAUAUGUUUUGGCUCCUAUCUAUCAAACUCUUACAAGGUCCAUCAGUUCUGAUUCCAUUUGGGCAGUAACUGUAUCGCUUCUCAUACUUCACCUUUUCCUGCACGACUAUUCAGAAUCCACUGUCAAAGCCCCGGGGGUUCUGAAGAAUCCUGCAUUAACCAGUUGUAUAUCCGUAAAUGCUUCUGUAGUCGCCUCCGUUUUUAUUGCUUCUCGUCUUCCAUCAAGACUACAUGUGUUUGCCAUCAUGUUAUUCUCGUUACAGGUUUUCCUUUUUGCUCCACUGGUUACAUACUGUAUUAAAAAAUAUUCCUUUUGCUUGCACCUAUGCUUUUCUAUUAGUUUGAUGGUCCUGACAUUAAGUUUUGUGUACACACUGCAUCGAUUUCUAUUUGUGUUGCUACUUAGUUUGUUGGUUUUUGUGAACUUGGUAUGUCCUUAUUGGCUCAUAAGGAUUCAGGAGUACAAGUUUGAGAUCAAUGGACCUUGGGAUGAGGCUAAGCUUUGUUUUGACAUUACAGACUGAAAUCAGAAUAUGGUUAUUUUGUUGAGAAAUCAGAACAUGCUAUUCAAUGCUGUUACAUUCAAAUCAACUAGUUUUGGUUUUAUUGAAGCCUGUAACAGUUGAAGGAUACAGAGAAGAAGACAACUCAAAUAUUGUCAACAUCUCUUUCAAGCAAUCAACAACCUUCAUUGGGGGAAUGUUGGCACAUAAGGAUUAUUGUAACCGAAAUGGUUCAGUGAAUAUUGAAUUGAAGUCACAUCUUGUUAUUGGAAUAAUAGAAGAGCAUGUAAAAUUUUCAUGGUUUUAGUUUUA